AUGACUCAGGUAAUUAAGGAUCGGAAAAUUUCAAGAAAAAAAGCAAUUGUCGCAUAUAGAGAAAAGAAAUACAAAGAUUUAGUUGGGAAAAUUCUAAAAUCUAAAGAUUUCUUUUCCAAUUUGUUUCAGGACAGCGAUUUAAUUUAUUUUAAGACAGAAUUAACAAAAAUAUCAAAUUAUUCUAAUCUCCAUAUUGCAAGAAGCAGUGACUUGUCAGAUAUUCAUAUAGAAAAAAUAUUAAAAAUUACAAGGGAUAAUAUGAAAAUUCUCUAUGACGAAAAUCCAUGGGGUGACAUAUGGAGUCGAGGGUGGGAUGAUAGUUUGAAAAUGAACGAAUUAAAACAUUACAUGUGCAAUUACAUGAUCAUUUAUGAGAGAAAUAUGGAUAAUACUGUUAUUAAUACAAUAAAAACUGAUCGCUGCUCAGAAAUCAGCUUCCACAAUGAUUUAUGUUCGGAUAUCAACAUUUUAUCGUUCUUGAGUUUUCGCUUUGAAUUAGAAGAUGAAAUUGGCCCUAUAAAUAAACAAAUAGUGGGAUAUAUGUAUGAGUUGCAGUCCUCGGUUAAAAGGAAAGGAUAUGGAAAACUACUUAUUGAUUUACUUUUCUUCAUAUGUAAUAAGCUUAAAAUCAAAAAAAUAAUGUGUACAGUAUUAAGAAGAAAUAUCGAUGCAAUGAGAUUUUACACCAAAAAGUGCGGUUUUAAUGUUGACAAAAUAUCUCCAUCACUUGAACCGUACAUCAUUCUAUCGACUAAUACAAUGUAA